AUGUCUUUGUCAAAGCCGUCCGAAAUUGCUUUUAAUCUUGUUGCUUCUUAUAUGAAUAAUUUAUAUAAUAAUCCAAUAAAAACCAAAGCAAUAACUAGCUGUGUAAUAGCGACACUGGGAAAUUACAUUGCACAAAAAACUCAAGGUGUCAAGGAAAUUGAUCAUGAUACUCUUGCAUCUUAUGGAAUAUUUGGACUUCUUUUUGGUGGAACAGUGCCACAUUUUUUUUAUAAAAUUAUUUAUAAAUAUUUGAAAAAUCCACUGGCUAUUUUGAUGAUUGAAAGGUUGCUGUACACACCAUGCUUCCAAGUUCUUGCUCUCUAUAUGUUAGCUAGGUUUGAGUUGAAAGUGCUGGUGGUGAAUUUCAUCGGCCUCGCAUGGACAGUGUACCUAGCAAACGUCCGAGCUCGCGACGCUAGAAGACAAAGAAGAAAUUAA